UUGGAUUUUGGACUGGCAACCUUGGGAGGCGCGGAAAAUUUAACACAUCAGAUCCUAUAACCCCCCCUCAGUUGGUUUUUAAUUGUUUGGUGUGCUCGGUCUCUGUAGUGUUACAGAAUAACGACCACCAGUUAUAUAAUUAAUUAAUCUGUGUAUAUAUUACAUAUAGGCAGUGUGUUUUGAUUUUGACAUGUAUUUCUCUAUAUUUGUUCAUUCUUUACAUAAUCACAUCACUUAUUCUAAAUGGUUGAGAGCAGUAUUUUCGAUGAUAUUCCUGAAGAGAUAAGUGCACAGCUAGUGUCUUUCUCAGAAGCUGCUCAUAGUGUUGAACAGCUUGUGAAAGAAAUUGCCAGUUUUCGGGACACUUCUAGUGGUCAGGCCAGUGACCUAGAUACUAUUAAAAAUGACCUGGUAUUGUGUUAUUCCUUCAAUGCACUAUUUUUUAUGUAUCUUAGGUGUAACGGUGUCGAAACUAAAAGUCAUCCAAUUAUGCAGGAAUUGGAUCGUGUAAUGGCAGCACUGAAAAGGUGUAGAUCUUUAAUCGAGAAAGAGACCUGUUCACGCUUAAAAUUGGAUAAAGAAGCCACAACAAGAUUUGUUAAACAUGCCUUAUGGAAAUCUGCUCAUACGAAACCUAAAAGACGUCGUUUAGAUACAUCUUCACAUAACAAUACUACCCAAUAGACGUUGGUUUUCUGAUUCCCUAUUCAGAUGUACAAAAACAAAAUAUAACUUUUGUAUUUCUUCAGUUCCUUUUGGGUGUUUUUUUUUAACUUUUCUUUUAUAAAGCAGCGUAUUAGUUGUUAAUGCAACAAAAUUGAAAACUUGAGUUCUCUAUCAUUUCUUUUGUGUACGCUGGAAGUAUUCUUACGGUAAUUUUCACAGUUUGCGUAUUUGUGUGUGGCUUUCAACGACAAUUGCGGUAAAGACCUAGUUUCGGUUUCCGCAUAUAUGCUUCUCCAUGUGGGUUACUCUAAGUGUGUAUACAUCAACGAUGUAAUAUAGACCGCACUCUUUUCUUUCGAGUACCUCGAUACUACCAUCAACAGCGCAGAUGCAUUCACUCUUUAUGGUCUCCCAUAUCCACUAAACUGUCGUGUCUUUCCAUGUUGCUAUUCUUUCUCUCUCACAUUUCAGCUAGUGGUUAUUUUGAAUCUGAUUUUUUCUGUGUUUCGUCUACUUACUUAUCAAAUAUAUUCAUGACGAACAGGAAAUC